GUCACGGGGUCGCGGGCGCUACGAGACACCGCACAACUCUACCCGCGCCGGAAAUGUUUCACUGGAAGGGGUGGGCCCAACGCCUUGUGUGGCCGUGUGGUCCCGGCUUGUCGGGGAGGGUGGGCAGAAGUGGUAGGCGUUACGCGUGGCUCCGGGCCGCUACAUGUUACGCGGAUAGAAAAAGGUGGAGGACGACGACGACGGAGACCGAGGCGAGCACAUGGCGAGCGCGCGAGGAGGAGGAGGAGGAGGAUACGGUGGCGCGAAGGUGGAGGACGGCGGAGGGGGAGGGGCGCCGGGGAUGCCGAUGGCGGAGCUGGAGCAGGUGUUCCGGCGGUACGACGCGAACGGCGACGGGAAGAUCUCGGCGGAGGAGCUGGCGUCCGUGCUGCGGGCGCUGGGGGCGCCGCCGGGGCCGGGCGAGGUGCGCCGCAUGAUGGACGAGAUGGACUCCGACCGCGACGGCUUCGUCGACCUCACCGAGUUCACCGCCUUCCACUGCAGCGGCGGCAGCGGCGACAGCGCCAAGGACCAGGAGGCCGCGUCGGAGGCGGAGCUGCGGGAGGCGUUCCGCAUGUACGACGCCGACAGCAACGGGAAGAUCUCCGCGCGGGAGCUCCACCGCGUGCUCCGCCAGCUCGGCGACAAGUGCUCCGUCGCCGACUGCUCCCGCAUGAUCCGCUCCGUCGACGCCGACGGCGACGGCUGCGUCAACUUCGACGAGUUCAAGAAGAUGAUGGGCGGCGGCGCCGCCGGCCGGCGGUAGGCUGGAGUGCACUAAUCGACUCGAUCCCAUGAUUCCCAUCCAUGUGGUGCCUCCUCAAAGUUUCACUACUUCUUGCAUGGUUUCUUUCCCUAAUUAGAUUGAUAAAUUAAGCCUAACUGUAGUAGCAAGUGAACAGACUUUCACUACUAUAAGUCUUAAGCUAUCGUGAUUUUUAAAAAUGCCUUUAUGAUUUGAUGUGCAGUGAUGUAAUCAUGCAAAAGUCAGUGAGUGACAUGCUGUAUUACUGUUUGUGAUAUGUACAACUUGACUAAUGUUUAUAAUGAUGGAUUUAUAAACUAUCAUAUCUGGGGACCUACUGCCCAGCUAGGUUAAGAAUGUCGGGAAAAAUAGAAGAUUCGGUCUUU